AUGGCGGGCGCUUUCGAGAAAAAGAUGCAGGAGGCGGUUGAUAGCCGUUUGAUUCCCGGUGCGGUGCUGGUCGCUGGGGAUAGAGAAGGGACAUUUCGAUACGAGAAAGCCUUUGGCUACCGGUCGCUCCAGAAUCCCGCCAGCCCGGACCCAAUGCAGCUCGAUGCGACCAUGUGGCUCGCUUCUUGCACGAAGUUGAUUACCACUGUUGCUGCCAUGCAGUGCGUGGAGCGCGGAUUGCUGAGCCUGGAUGAAGAUGUGACGGGUGUUUUGCCGGAGUUGAGAGAUAUGCAGAUCCUGACUGGGUUUGAGAAAGUUGAUGGGAAGGAUUCGCCGGUCUUGGUGAAGAACACGAAGACUAUCACCUUGAGGCAUCUACUUACGCACUCUUCGGGUCUCUCGUAUGACUUCUUCAAUCCAGUAUUGAUGCGCUACCGAAAGUGGCAAGGCAAAUCCCCAGAGAUGAAUACUAAGCUCGACAUGAAGCAAGCUUAUACACCACCUCUUCUCUUUGCCCCUGGCGAGUCCUGGGAUUAUGGCGUCGGCAUCGACUGGGCGGGGUGGAUGGUGGAGCGCGUCAACGGCAACGUGACCCUCGAGGACUACAUCCACAGGAACAUCUGGGUGCCGCUGGGCGUCACCAGCUUUUCGUUUUUCCCAAAGAAGAAUCCAGCCGUCCUCUGUAAGAUGACGGACAUGAGCCAACGCGAAGGUGGGCUGAAUAGGUUUGGGACCACGGCCAAGCCUGAUGGGAAGAUUGAGUACACCGACAACAUGAUCUGGAACAUGGAGCCGAGGGGGUAUUCUGGGGGCGCAGGCGGCUACGGGGCCCCGUUAGACUAUCAGAAGAUGCUGCAUAGCAUCUUGGCCGAUGGCGGGAAGCUGUUAAAGAAGGAGACGGUGGACGAGAUGUUCAAGCCACAGCUCGCGAGUGCGUCGAAGGAGCGACUGAUGGAGCUGAUGAAGAUGCCCGAGCUGAACAAUAUCUUUGGGGGACAUCCGCUCGGGACGGAGGUUAACUUUGGCUUGGGCGGGUUGUUGCUGAUGGAGGAUGUGGUGGGGAGGAAGAGGGGGACGAUGACUUGGGGCGGGUACCCGAAUCUGAUCUGGUUUGUCGAUCGCCUUGGGGGCAUGUCGGGGAUCUAUGGGAGUCAGAUCAACCCGCCAGGCGACCCCAAGACCAUCGAACUGUUCACGGCUUGGUCAGAAGAGAUAUACCGGAAAUUCGGGAAGCUGAAGCUGUGA